AUGUCCAAGAUUGUAGGGCUUGUACAUCGUUCGGUAAUAAUACUUAGAGGAUCGGACUCACUUAAUUUGUUACAGGGACUCGUCACGAGCGAUGUCAGAAAGAUCCCACCUUCGGUGGGUGUUGGCGCUUUUUUCCUUAAUUUGAAAGGGAGAAUAGUAGACGACGUUCUGAUAUCUCGAGAUAAUGGCGACAUUCUCGUGGAAUGUUCGGCAUCGAACAGGACAGGCUUGAAGGAGAUAUUGAUGAAGUACCGCAUGCGUAAAAACGUAGAUAUAGUGGAGUCGCAUGCUGACGUGCUUUUCACGACCGAUGAUCUGCCGAACUCAUUUGUUGAUCCAAGAUGCCCCUCUUUAGGGAGACGUCUUUACGGUGAGAGAAAGGGCGAGGAAACUAGUGAAUAUCACGAAAAACGACGAAUGCUUGGGAUCGCUGAAGGCUGUGAAGAGUUGGGCGGACUUCUUCCUUUUCAUGCAAAUGGUGAUCUGCUAAACAUGGUCUCUCUAGACAAAGGAUGCUACAUUGGCCAAGAAUUGACAGCACGAACUGCUCACACUGGAGUGAUUCGGCGGCGAAUACUUCCAUUCAAGUGUAAGAAACCCGUCAAAGGAAACGUAAUGCAAGAGGAUAAGAAAGUCGGCGAGGUCAUUUCUUGUGGAAUCGAACACGGUUUGGCUCUGAUGGUGUUAAGCGCAUUUGGACAACCGCUGAGUGUAGAUGGCUCCCCGAUUGUUUUGUAUAAACCGUCAUGGAUGCCUGACUCGGCACUUAAACCUAAAGGAAGGUGA